CAGCCUGGCUACAACCGAGAUGUGAGGGAGCGAAGGAGCAUAUUGGUAGUUGUGUCCUGCUGCUGCCUGCAUCUCCCUUCCCCUGUGUCCCUGGCAUUGUCCCUCCCCUGCACUCACAUCUCCAGCCUGGGCUACUGGGUAUCCGACAUGCCGACCUGCAUAGUGAAGGGAUGUCUGCACAGCUGCAAGCGGAAGAAGCAGUUCCCGCACGUCGUCCUUCACGUUUUUCCCGGAAAUCUCACCAUAAUAAAGAACUGGCUGCAACACAUUCCCCAGAAUUUCGGAGACAUCAACGAGAUGGCACUUAAAAUUUUAGAAGGAAAAAAAAGCGACACCUUCCGUCUGUGUUCGGAACAUUUCACCCCGGAUAGUUACACGUACCAGGGCACCAAACGGGUUCUUAAAAAAGAGGCGGUGCCGACGCUCUUCCCCGAAACCUUUUCAUCUGCGUUCGUCAAUCUGAGUGCGCAACGAUUUAAAAAGAAAAAGGGGAAAGAUGCGGAGUCAGAACCUGACUUGCAGUCCAUAUCAUCACUUCUGUCCAUCGCCACUUUCCCAUAUUCCUUAACUUCGUCUCUGCUUCAGGCCCCGCACAAACCAGAAGAUGCUUCCGGAACUUAUUCAUCAGCUUUGCUACCGUCUCCGCACCCAGAAACUUCUCUUCUGGAGCCGACCGAGACAUCUGCGGAAACCUCCUCCCAGUCAAAUCCGCCGACGGAGGAAAGAUCAUCUGGACUACAACAACCUUCCUGUGCUCAUUGCAACAAAUCUAUCCCGAAAAGUGCAAUAUUUGUCGACACCGACAUGAACACUGAUUAUUUUUAUAGGAAAAAGAGUGUGUCGACCAAUACGUUCACUAAAUUUGGUAAGAAGAGUGUCGCGUCGCAGAAGAUGAUUUUUCAGAAAAAUAAGGGUUUGCAGUGUAAACUCAUUACGGGUCAGUACCAAGUCCCAAGAAUCCAGUCUUUGUCAACUCUACUAAACUCAGCUGGCACUCAGGCCCACUCCACAAACAGCUAUAAUGGGCCGGCUCUGGAUAUGAGUUCAACCUGUCUGAGAAUGAGAGAGGAAGCAGAGUCCGAUUCCGUUGGUAUAAAGGGUGUAGAUAUGCGCGUGGGUGCUACAGAACACAUAGACCUGACCUAUGAACCUUUAGUUCAGAACACAUACAAUGCCAAAGUUGCCGAUGAUGAAUGCGAAGUGGAAUCUACAGUCGAUUCAGAGAAUCUGACGGAUUUGGGAUACAAAGAUGAGGUUGAUGAGAACAAGUUUCUUGUAUUCGAGUCUUGUCUGGAUAAACUUCUGUGGGGCUCACGUUGCAGGGGAGGGAGGAACUGUCCGGCAGCCAUUAAGAGCAUUCGGAAGAAAAUAACCGGAUCUUUCCUAAGUGUAAAUGCUGUUUGUGCCAAAGGACAUUCAUUCCAUCUUUGGGACAGUCAACCCAAAAAGGGUCACAUGCCGAUCGGCGAUGUGUUAAUGUCGGCCGCCAUCGUACUAAGCGGCUCCAGUUACAGCAAAGUGAGUUACAUGAAUAAAAUUCUGGGGCUCAGGCAGAUCGGGAAGGAAACCCAUUAUCGCCACCAAAGACUCUUCCUGUUCCCGACCAUCAAUCACCACUGGGAAUUGGAGCAGCACCGAGUGAUGAAAGAGUUGGGGCAGAAACCAGUGUGCCUCGUCGCUGAUAGGAAUUGCCACAGUGCAGAAAAGCGCUGUGUUUGCACAUUUAUGGAGGCAACCUCAAAGAAAAUUGUGAGCUUGAAGGUGGAUCAAGCGUCGCCUGAAACAUCUUCCCUCGCACUCGAGAGACAAACAUUCCAAAGCGCCUUGGAUAAUGUGCUGCAGUGCAACGUAAAUGUUCAGCUGGUCUGUACGGAGCCGCGGCCCUGGGUAAAGAACCUGAUGGAAGAGAAUUAUGGGCACAUCCUACAUGAGUUUGAUGCCUGGCGCUACGGGAAAUCCGUUGGUAACAGAGUGGCUGCCGCCAGCAAAAAGAGAAACUGUUCCGAGCUUGCCCAGUGGAGCGCCCCAGUGAGAAACCAUUUAUGGUGGGCGGUUAGAUCAUGUGAAGGCAACACGGAACUAAUGAUGGAGAAGUGGAACUCACUAAUAUAUCACGUAAUUGGGGUACAUAAAUGGAGGACGGGUGCGCUCUAUCACGGCUGUGAACAUGCGCCUCAGGAGGAUGAAGUGACAAGAUCGUUUCUAGGGAAAGGUUCUAGAGCUCAUAGAAAGCUGAGAGAGAUUGUACUGAGUCGGGACAUCAACAAAGAUCUCCCAAAGCUGCGGAAUAUUUGUCACAUGGGGGAGCUGGAUGUGUUCCGCAGCAACGCCCUCAAGUACCGGCCAAAGCAAAGCCACUUCUCUACCCAUUCCUUAAUUGCACGGACUCAGCUGGCCGCACUAGACCACAAUAGGAAUGUCCAUCACCAGCUGGCCAUCUUGGCUAAUGGAAGAGAUGAGGAAGUGCUUAGGGAGGACUAUCCCAGGGUGGAAUUCCGUGAGUUGAAGAAGGACUGGAGAGUGAAACCUGUCUAUGACUUGGCGCGGUGUCAUUUUAUAUUCACUAUCAUGAAAGACGUGGUCAGAUACGUGUAUGGGGAAAAGUGUCCUGGGUAGCGGCGACUCCCUUCUGAAUCCAAACCCAACAGGGAGAGGGCCACAUACAGAAUAAAGAUCUUCUCAAGGGUCGCCAGUCACAUGACUGAUAUCUGUAGAUCACAUCGAUCUGUGUUUCAUUAACUUUUGCCAAAUGAGGGAACAUCCAAUAAAAAUGCAGCUAUUUCUUAUAGAUAUAAAUGUGUAUAUAGAGUUUAGAAUAAAUAUCCUGGAAAAUGAA